UCAGUGCGCAUGUAAAGUAUCAGACGGACCUCAGGUGAAUGUAAACCAUUUUUAUUUACGUGUUUUAUUUCGCGUGACCGUUCGUCAAUAAUCACCAAAAAAAAUCGUAGUCAGAGUGCCCAUUAAUGUACCAACUUCGAAAUGGAAUAAGCAGUGAACUCAAAACCGUAAAUGUAAUCGUAUAAGAAAAUUUAGGAUCGCGAUUCAGUCGCGAAGUAUUUUAAUAGUAGUUUUUCAUAGUCGUCGUUGUUCCGUUUUUCAAUCUCGCUCUGUUGAAAGAAAAUUCUUUGUUGCGAACCAGUUUUUUUUUAAUACACGGGCGAGUUUCCGCGCCCUCGUCGCGCGGGGUCAUUUCCGUAUUGGUUUUUAUAAAGGAAGAAAAAUAAAAGAAAUCGGUCAUCGUAUUACGAUUAAGGUAUUCUUUUUGUGUUCGAAUGACAUUCGCGCUGUUGUUGAACGGUGAAGAUCGAUUGUCAAUUCGAUUUGUUAAAAAUGUCAACGAAAUAAGGUUAGGAACGCGGACGUCGCGCGUUUCUCGUGCAUUUUGAGACUGCCCCCGAGCUCCAUUUAUUGUGUUCUCGGUGGGGCCCCACGAUUCGUGUGUGUUUGUGUCUGUGCGUCUAGCCAACCGCCGUGGCCUUAAGGUCAUACACGCAAAGAUGGCGGAUCCAGAUCCUGAAACCCUUCUGGAAUGGCUUAGUAGCGGCCUCGGCGAUGAACGGGAUAUGCAACUGAUCGCCCUCGAACAGCUUUGCAUGUUGCUUUUGAUGUCCGAUAAUGUUGAUCGCUGUUUUGAAAGUUGUCCACCGCGUACCUUCUUGCCUGCUCUUUGCCGCAUUUUCCUAGAUGAACAAGCCCCCGAAAACGUAUUGGAAGUCACAGCUCGCGCCAUCACAUACUACUUAGAUGUUUCAGCAGAAUGCACCCGAAGAAUUGUCGCAAUGGAUGGCGCGGUGAGAGCAAUUUGCAACCGUUUGGUCGUUGCAGAAUUAGCUUCCCGUACCAGUAAAGAUCUCGCUGAACAAUGCGUUAAAGUGCUCGAAUUAAUAUGUACACGAGAAGCGGGGGCUGUAUUUGAAGCUGGCGGACUUAGCUGUGUUUUGCCAUUCAUUCGAGAUAACGGUAAUCGUGUACACAAGGAUACCUUACAUUCUGCUAUGGCUGUCGUAUCGAGGCUUUGCACGAAAAUGGAACCCGGCGACGUUAAUUUACCGACGUGCGUUCAAGCUUUGAGCACGCUUUUAAGACACGAAGAUCAACAUGUCGCGGAUGGAGCUUUGCGUUGUUUUGCUUCAGUUGCCGAUAGAUUUACUAGAAGAGGUGUUGAUCCAGCUCCACUUGCCCAACAUGGUUUAGUUACUGAAUUAUUAACUCGCCUAUCAAAUGCCGCCGGCCCAGCUGUAGCAACAGGAACACAAGGGACACCGGGAAAGGCAACGUCAACAACGAGUACCGCAGCGAACCUUCCAAGCGAUCCAAAAGCAACCGCCUCAAGCGUUUCAACAAUAAUCAGCUUGUUAUCGACUCUAUGUCGAGGAUCUCCCUCCGUUACACACGAUUUAUUAAGAUCUGAAUUACCAGAUUCAAUAGAAAAAUCUUUAAAAGGAGACGAACGGUGUGCUUUAGAUUCAAUGAGAUUGGUCGACCUUCUUUUAGUAUUACUCUUCGAAGGAAGACGAGCUUUAGGCAAAUCCGGAUCGUCAUCCAGCUCCGGACAAUUAAUGCCUAGAAUACGGCGAAUGGAUUCGGUGGCCGAAAAAUCACACAGGCAACUCAUCGAUUGUAUUCGAUCAAAAGAUACAGACGCUUUAAUCCAGGCUAUUGAAGAUGGAGGAGUUGAGGUUAAUUUUAUGGACGAUGUAGGGCAAACGUUAUUAAAUUGGGCGUCGGCUUUUGGAACAGUUGAAAUGGUUGAGUAUCUUUGCGAUCGAGGAGCUGACGUUAAUAAAGGUCAAAGAAGUUCUUCGCUUCAUUACGCUGCGUGUUUUGGUCGACCGGCGAUUGCCAAAGUUUUACUUCGAUAUGGGGCUAAUCCAGAUCUUCGGGAUGAAGAUGGAAAAACCCCACUGGAUAAAGCAAGGGAAAGAGUUGAUGAAGGUCAUCGCGAGGUAGCUGCUAUUUUACAAUCACCCGGGGAGUGGAUGAUACCAAUUGAUAAAGAUAUUUUGAGAAAAUCUGAUAUUGAACCGGAAGAUUGUUUAGAACCGAAAGGUGAUCCGGAGAUGGCACCGAUUUAUUUAAGGAGGCUUUUGCCGGUGUUCUGUGCAACUUUUCAAGCGACCAUGCUGCCGUCAGUGAGGAAAGCCAGUCUGGGACUUAUAAAGAAGAUGAUCCACUGCAUUCAACCCAGUUUACUUGAGGAAUUAUGCUCGCCCGAGUCCAGUGCUCCAAAUUUUGGUACGCAACUCGUCGAAGUGAUCGCUACAGUAUUGGAUAAUGAGAUUACUUAUAGUUGGCCAACUCCUGCUGCCACACGCGGAGUGACACUGAGCGUGUUUGUACGCACUGUUAGGGCUACUUUUUCGCAUGACAGGCACAUAGUACACUCGUCUCAGCCCGUGACGGAAGACGAAGACGGCCAUUUAGUAGUAUUAGCGAUUAUCCAAGAUUUGAUGUUAAAAGCUCAAGACAUCUUUUUGGAUCAUUUCGCCCGUUUGGGUAUAUUCUCGAAAGUUUUAAGUCUGACUGGUCCCGCUGAUGUGUUGGAAAGCAACGAAGAAACUGAACAAGCAUCGGAACAAGAUGUGACGGAACAGUCUCAGGCGGAAGACGCGAAGGAAGUGCUGGCGGGCAAAGCGUACCACUGGAAGGAUUGGUGCGUGUGUAGGGGUCGCGAUUGUCUUUAUAUUUGGUCGGACGCGGCCGCGCUCGAACUAUCUAACGGCUCGAACGGUUGGUUUCGCUUCAUACUCGACGGCAAACUGGCCACUAUGUACAGCAGCGGUUCGCCAGAGGGUGGCGCCGACACUUCUGGCAAGGGUCGGUCCACUGAUACACAUACAACAGACGAAAACCGUGGGGAAUUCCUUGAAAAGCUUCAAAAAGCGAGAGCUGCCGUUAGAAACACCACAAAUUCUCAACCGAUUUUGUCAAAACCCGGUCAAACAAGAUUGGUCGUUGGAAAUUGGUCUUUGACGUCUCGCCGUGAUGCAGAAUUGCAUAUUCACAAUUCAGACGGUCAACAACAAGCGACAAUCUUACGAGAAGAUCUACCGGGAUUUAUUUUUGAAUCAAACAGAGGGACAAAACAUUCAUUUACGGCCGAAACAAGUUUAGGUCCCGAAUUUUCUACCGGUUGGUCAAAUAAACGUGGAAAACGUUUACGUUCUAAAAUGGAAGCUACGAAACAAAAAGUUAAAUAUCAAGCCCAAGCUAUUUAUGAUCAAUAUUUUAAAGCUGCUCAAGCACAACCUCGUGGUGUUGUUGCAAAAUUAGGAAACAUUGUAGCCCAAAUUGAAAGAGCUUGCCAAAAACAAUCGUCUUACGGAAACAAUCGAGAAGGCGGAAAUUCAUGGAAAGAAAUUUUACGGAACGCUUUGGAUGAGUUGACUCAAAUCCUUCAAGAAGACGGUGUUGUUAGUGCUUAUGAAUUGCAUUCAUCCGGUUUAGUACAAGCUUUAUUAUCGAUGUUAUCCACGAGUUAUUGGGAUCAAGGUUUGAAAUCGACGAAAACUAAUAAACACCAAAAACAAAGAGUACAAGUAUUUAAAAAAUGUUUUGAAGAUCAAAAUGAACCCGAACAUAGCCCAACAUCAAUUUUAGUACAUAAAUUGAUAUCUGUUUUAGAAAGUAUCGAAAAAUUACCAGUUUUUCUUUAUGAUACUCCAGGAACGGGUUAUAGUUUACAAAUUCUUACGAGGCGGUUACGAUUUCGGUUGGAAAAAGCACCUGGAGAAAGUUCGUUAAUCGAUCGAACGGGACGAGGUUUAAAAAUGGAACCGCUUUCAACGGUAGCCCAAUUAGAACGUUAUUUAUUAAAAAUGGUUGCAAAACAAUGGUACGAUUACGACCGGGGAACUUUUCAAUUUUUGAAAAAACUUCGAGAGUCAAAAUAUCAAAAUUUCAAACACAAUCAUGAUUUUGAUGAGAAUGGAUUGAUGUAUUUCAUUGGAACGAAUGGAAAAACUUGUUCCGAAUGGGUCAAUCCCGCUCAAUAUGGUUUAGUUGUCGUUACAAGUUCCGAUGGAAGAAAUUUACCAUAUGGAAGAGUUGAAGAUAUCUUAUCCCGAGAUACCUCCGCUUUAAACUGUCACACAAACGAUGAUAAACGGUCUUGGUUUAGCAUCGAUUUAGGAUUAUUCAUUAUCCCUAGCGCUUACACUUUACGCCACGCUCGAGGAUAUGGGAGAUCGGCGCUUAGAAAUUGGUUAUUUCAAAUGUCACGAGAUGGCGUUACAUGGACUACUUUAUACACACAUACGGAUGAUACAAGCUUAAACGAACCUGGUUCUACGAGUACUUGGCCUAUUGAAACAACAGCCGAUGAAUAUCAAGGUUGGAGACAUAUUCGCAUUCAACAAUGUGGAAAGAACGCCUCUGGACAAACACAUUAUCUUAGUUUAUCUGGUUUUGAAAUUUAUGGGCAAGUUACGAGUGUUUGUGAUGAUUUGGGUAAAGCCGCAAAAGAAGCUGACGCGAUUUUAAAGAAACAAAGAAAACUUUUAAAAGCUCAAAUGUUAAAACACAUCACCGUUGGAGCGAGAGUUGUUCGUGGAAUGGAUUGGAAAUGGCGAGAUCAAGAUGGGAACCCACCAGGAGAAGGUACAGUCACGGGAGAACUUCAUAGCGGUUGGAUCGAUGUAACUUGGGAUCAUGGAGGUUCAAAUUCGUAUCGAAUGGGAGCUGAAGGAAAAUACGAUUUAAAGUUAGCUCCGGGAUUCGAUACAGAUCAUUGCCAAAAAUUUAAAUUCAAAGAUAAAGCUGAUAAACAGUCUGUUCUAACGAGUCGAAAAAGUUCGUCAACGCCUAGUUUACCGGAAGCAACAGACACGAAAGCUUCCGUUGCUUCAACAGAACAAGCAGCCUCCGCUGAUAAUUUAGCAGCGAAACAAGCAGCUGAAACCAUCGCAGAAUCUGUCCUCAGCGUAGCUCGUGCAGAAGCGAUCGUUGCUGUUACAUCUGAAUCUCAAGCGGCGAAUAAUGAUUCUGAAUUAUCAGUUGUUGUGCAUCCAUUAAGAGAUCCUCAUCAUGAUUUAUCGGCGAUAAAUAAUUCAAUUUCAAGCGAUUUAGCAACGAUUGUUGAAACAUUAACUCUAUCAGAAACGAAACCUGCUAACUUUACAUAUGCGAGGAGGCAACAAAGUUGUACUGAAGACACACCGAAUACUUCAGAUCAACACAAAGCUAAUUUAGUUAGCAGUAAUUCUUCUUCGAACUUGAAUAAACCAAUUCAUGCAAGUAGAAGUAAAACAAGUCAAGUUGCCGCCGCUGCGGCUCAAUCUUUUGUAGAGGCUUUGGAUAAAAUCCGAGAAGGAUCGGAUAUUUUUAGGAAUAAUGCCAACAGUUUAUUAUCAGACCUUCUAGGAGUCCGGAUUUCCGUGACAGGUAACCAGGAGCCGACCGACGAAGACGGUUCAAAGAAAUUGAAAAACGACACGACCGCCGCCCCCACAACGACUACAGCUCGAGCUCAAAGCGUCGACAAAGACGACACUGUAACGAAUAAUGCUCGCAACAACAGCAGCAACAAUUGUCCGAUCGUCGUCACGAAUCCGAUGAGCGUAAGUGUACCUAACCUUACAUCGUCCGAAGCCGGAAAUCAAAUCGAACCUUCAUCGGCCGCCGGCCUUCUUGAAACGUUUGCCGCUCUCGCUCGAAGACGCACCUUGGGUAGCGUUUCAACAACAGCAAAUCCAUCGAAUACAACCGGAAAUAAUACUUCGACGGGCGGAAUUACUACUUCGACGAUUCAAAAUAAUACGAAUUCUAGUAUUUAUCCGAGAGGGCCUAAUUCUGUUUCUAGUUUGGUUCGUUUAGCUUUGAGUAGUAAUUUUCCGGGUGGUUUAUUGAGUACUGCUCAAAGUUAUCCUAGUUUAUCAUCUAGUAAUAAUGCUACUAAUCAAUCUUGUGGUAUUCCUACAACUGCCGGAGCUGCUCAAGGAUUGAGUCAAGCGUUAACUAUGAGUUUAACUUCAACUAGUAGUGAUAGUGAACAGGUUUCCUUAGAAGACUUUUUAGAAUCAUGCCGAGCUCCAACUCUUCUAGCCGAACUUGACGAUGACGAAGAUAUGGGUGAAGAUGACGAGAACGACGACGAAGAAAAUGAGGACGAUGUCGAAUACGAAGAGGUGAUGGUCUCGAGGAAUUUGCUCUCAUUCAUGGACGAAGAAGUCUACGAGCCGCGUCCUAGUAAAAGACGUUCUUGGGACGACGAGUACGUUCUUAAAAGACAAUUUUCGGCUCUCAUCCCAGCGUUUGAUCCGAGACCGGGUCGAACUAACGUAAAUCAAACGACUGAUUUGGAGAUUCCACCUCCGGGACAAGAAGAGGGUGGUUCUUCGUCUGACCACGAAUUGUUACCGCAACCCAGAUUACAAUUGGUCUUGCGCGGCCCGAAUUUACCCGGAAUUCCUGAUGUUGAAAUUGAAUUAAACGAGCCUACUUGGACUAUAUUUAGGGCUGUGCAAGAAUUGGUGCAGUUAACAGAACUUGGUAGUCGACAGGAGAAAUUAAGAAGAAUUUGGGAGCCAACUUAUAUAAUUGUAUAUAGAGAAGUAAAAGACGAUGGAACAACGGAAGACGAAGGUCGUUCAACGCCAGUAGUAACCUUAUUUUCGCGUAGUGGAAGUAGUUCGGUAGCAGGAACAACGCUAUCACCAAGUACACCCGUCCCAGGAACACCAUCAGUUUCAACUUGUACAGUCGAAGACGUCCUUCAACUUUUAAGACAUUUAUUCGUUAUUACAACAACAAAAGAAAACGUUCCUUACCCCGAUUUCAAUCAAAUUCUAGGCGAAGAAAACGUUACCGUUUCUCCCGAAGAAUUCACCAGCAAAAAAAUUACCAACAAAUUAUUACAACAAAUUCAAGAUCCCCUUGUUUUAUCAAGUUCUAGUUUACCGACAUGGUGCGAAGAAUUAAAUCAUUCAUGUCCAUUUUUAUUCCCAUUCGAAACAAGACAAUUAUAUUUUAAUUGUACCGCUUUUGGAGCCUCUAGAAGUAUAGUUUGGUUACAAACGCAACGUGAUGUUACAAUUGAACGCCAAAGGACUCCUGGGUUAUCACCACGUCGUGAUGAUCCACACGAAUUUCGGGUUGGUAGAUUAAAACAUGAAAGAGUUAAAGUUCCAAGAGGUGAACAACUAUUAGAUUGGGCAAUGCAAGUGAUGAGACUUCAUUGUGACCGAAAGUCGAUAUUAGAAGUUGAAUUUCAAGGAGAAGAAGGUACAGGGCUUGGUCCAACUCUUGAAUUUUAUGCACUCGUUGCUGCUGAAUUACAAAGACGUGAUUUAUGUAUGUGGAUUUGCGAUGAUGAUGAUGAGGAAUCGUCAGAAGAAGAAUCAUUAGAUGAUGACGGUUUUGAUUUGGGCGAAGGUUUAAAACCACCAGGGUAUUAUGUGAGGAGAAAUACAGGAUUGUUUCCGGCUCCAUUACCACAAAAUUCCGAAGUAUGUGAUAAAGCGGUUAAUUAUUUUUGGUUUUUGGGUGUAUUCCUCGCUAAAGUAUUACAAGAUAGUAGAUUGGUUGAUUUACCAUUAUCAAAAAGUUUUCUUAAAUUAAUGUGUCACGGCGAAAUACAAAACACCGUACAUGAAAGGAUAGGAUUUGCUGGAUUAAAAAAGUCAAAUGAUGAAGAUAUAAUGACUUCAAGUUUAAUUUCUGAAGAAAGUGAAAAAGAAUUAGAAUUUGAUCCACCAAAAAUGAUUUAUUCCGAUGAAAAACGACCUUGGUAUUCAGGAAUUUUAAAUCAAGAUGAUUUGCACGACAUCGAUCCAAUUCGGGCAACUUUUUAUAAACAAAUACAAGAAUUAGUUAAACAAAAGCAAAGAAUAAUGCAAGACCAUAACUUAACUGGUGAAGCGAAACAACACCAAAUACAAAAUUUGUGUCUUAAUCAUCAUUCUUCGGGGGCAGUUUUAUUGGAAGAUUUGGCUUUAACGUUUAGUUAUUCUCCAAGUUCGAAUGUAUUUGGAUUUUCGGCGGUCGAACUUGUUCCGAACGGGGCUGAUAUUGAAGUUAAUAUUGAGAAUGUCGAGGAGUACGCGGAAUUGACGAGCGAUUUUACUUUGGAUAAAGGAAUUGCGAGACAAUUAGAAGCAUUUUAUAAGGGAUUUUCAAUGGUGUUUCCGAUGGAAAAAUUGGCCGCUUUUAGUCCGGAUGAAAUGAGGGUUAUGUUGUGUGGUGAUCAAAAUCCUCAAUGGACACGGGAGGAUUUGUUAAAUUAUACGGAACCUAAAUUAGGUUAUACUAAAGAUAGUCCUGGCUUCUUAAGAUUUGUAAAUGUACUCUUGGAAAUGUCACCCGAAGAACGAAAAGCAUUUCUACAAUUUACAACCGGUUGUAGUUCAUUACCACCGGGUGGUUUAGCUAAUUUGUAUCCGCGAUUGACGGUGGUGAGAAAAGUGGAUGCCGGAGAAGGUUCCUAUCCUUCAGUAAACACAUGCGUUCAUUAUUUAAAAUUGCCGGAUUAUCCAACGGAGGAAAUUUUGCGACAGAGGUUGCUAGCGGCGACCAAGGAGAAGGGAUUCCAUUUGAAUUAAAAAAAAUGUGCGCGUUGCAAGGAGAGUAAAGGAAACCGAAUCGAAACUUUCGUUUCUAAUUCCUCAUAUUGAUUUUGAUAUAAUAUUGUUUUUUUUUUAUGGAUUGUGUUGUAAUUUUUCUAAAAAUGGAGAAGUGUAAAAAAAAUUAAAUUUUUCUAGAAAAAUUAAUUUCACUCGGGGUGAGAGUUUAAAAUUAAAAUGAUUUGUGAAGCGAAUGGAGGAUGGAGAUAUCAAACGAUCACACCGUUAUUAGUAAAAUUUAGUGAUAAUUUUAGAAUAUAAUUAAUUCUCACCAAAUCUACUUUUCAUUUUUAUUAUGUUUUAUUUUCUAUAUUUACGUGAUUGUUAUGUGAUCAUUUGCAAUGUAGAGUGAAUAUAAUUAGUGCACAUGGGUAUUUAUGGUUUAGUCUUAAUGUCUCUUUUUCCCUCUUUGCUUUGCAAACUAAUAUAUUGUAGAAAAAUUAUAUAUCUGUAUGUAUUUGAUGUUAAGAUAUACAAUGUUAUCAUAAUACACAUAAAAAAAUAAAUCAAUUCUAAAUA